UGGUGUGUUUAUCGAUUUUGGAAGCAAAGCUGCCCCAUACAGUCCGACAUCGAUUUGACACGAAGGUACGGAGUACCGGUUUGGCAGUCGAAUAUAAUCGGGGUGUCUCCACGUAUUGGGAAUUGUAAGGGAGAAAACGGGGGGAGAACGCGAUCGCUCGAAUAUCGAAUAAAUUUCGCGACGCGUUUUUUUUUUUCGGCGAAACGACAUAUCCGAUUGGCAAUCCGGAGGUGCGCUGAAUCGCGGGAGCGUUUCCGAGCUCUGCGCGAAACGCGAAGUCGGGAACGAUGCAGAACUAUGGACACGAGGAUUACGACUAUGGGAUGUCGAACCAGGAUGCAUCCGGACAGCCGGGAAGCAGGGCCCUGCCGCAGGUUCCGGCCGCCAGGCCGUUGGUGGACCCGCAGGCCGAGGGUGAGGUCGACCCUACCAUGUACCCACAACCGAAGGAAGCCACACACAAGAUUCGCGGCAAGAGCGAUAUUUUGGAGUACCUGUUCGGCGCCGUCGAUCAGGAGCUCCUCACCGUGAAGACCUUCUACUUCUUCUUCUACUCGGCCUUCGGCUCUCUGUUUCCGCUCAUGGGGGUGUACUUCAAACAAAUGGGCAUGAAUGCCGGACAGUGCGGUCUGCUCAUUGGUCUCAGGCCGUUCAUCGAAUUUCUCAGCGCCCCUUUUUGGGGAUCCUUGGCCGACAGAUGGCAAAAAGGCAAACUUAUUCUAUUAGCUUCACUUUCUUGCUGGAUCAUUUUCACUCUACCGUUGGGCUUCGUUCAGCCUCCGCCAACUUCUUGUAUGAUUAGAACGAAUGACACCCCUUAUCUGGAGGCAUCCAAUCGAGAACAGAGAAUGAAAAGAUCGACCGAUCUGGAUGAAUUAUACUAUCCCGAAAAUAAGGACGAGUAUCUGGAGGUCGCGUCCAAUGUCGUCUUCGAAAGAUUACGGCGGAGUACGGAUGACAAUGAAGUAUUGGAUCACACGAAAAAGCCAAAUGCGCUGAAGAAAGUUAGUUUGUUUAAAACAUCUCAUAACAUUGGGAAAAAUGGUGUUCAUUUCGACGGUUCUGUCAUGUACGACUUGAAGAACAACAGAGUUAGAAGGCAAGCGCCCGUCACGGAUGAAGGCAACAUCGAGGAUCCUACGCACAAAUUAGAAACUGAUGAUAAUGUUGAUGCGUACGCAAAGACGAUCGAUAUGGAGGCAUUGCAAAAGCAAAAUCGUCCAGCCGACGUUUUGGAAUACAAACGCUUUAUGAAGAAUGAACCAAUAAUUGAUGGAACAGUUCCAAAAAAAGCUUAUUCUCGUACGAAAACACCUGUGAAACCACCACCCGCGAAAAUAAUGGUAAAACGAGACGUGGAGAAGAAGCCAAUAUUCUUGGAGGAUGGUGAUAUGAUUAAAAUUGAGUACAGUGAGGAAGAAAAUGAACGGAAUGCGGAUGUACCGUUGAUGAGAAGUCGCAGAAGCAUAAGAACGUUUUACAAUCCUAUCGGGAAUCAAUUGUCUCCUUUAUCGGUCACUUACGCCGCGAACUACAACGAAAAAGAGAAUAAAGGAUGGGUGAAGCCGCUUUUUAGUUCCAUAGUCUAUAGAUUACCGGAUAUUCAAAAAACAUUCUUCCUUUUGCUACUAUUGGUAAUAGUCGGCGAAUUUUUCUCGGCACCUGCUAUAACAUUGGCUGAUUCAGCUGUUAUCACCUUACUCGGUGAAGAUGCUGAUAGAUAUGGUCAUCAACGUAUGUUUGGAAGUCUCGGAUGGGGUUUGGCUAUGUUCUUCGUCGGAAUCGCUCUUGAUCAUAGCACUGCGUUUCCAGAUCAUCCGUGCAAGCCCGAUGCGAGGGAAAAAAAUUACACAAUUUGCUUUGCAAUAUUCAGCGUUCUAAUGGGCGCUGCGUUAAUAACAGCGACGCAAAUUAAUUUCAAAUAUGACUUUACGUCCGCAGAGCCGGAAGUUGCAAAACCUCCAGCUGAGCCAACGCGGGAAGAGCAGCUUCAAAGUCAAUUGUCGCAGCAGCUUAAUCUGCCUGGACUUCAGGAUUCUUCCGCUGCUCCGAUAGAUCUUAAACCUCAGCCGCCCGAAGGAAAGACCAAAAUGUUCGCUCUAACGACAAAAGAAAUACCGGAGUGGGUGACAGUAUUGAAGCAAUUUAAAAACGUCAAAUGCAUCUCGUUCCUUUUCGUCGCAUGGUGGAUGGGAUUUGGCAUUGGAUUGAUUUUCACUUUCCUCUUCUGGCAUCUUCAGGAUUACGGUGGCUCGCCGACUCUCUUCGGUGUUGCAUCUGUGAUCAAUCACAUUUCCGAAAUCUUCGCGUAUUUCUUCAGCUUCAAACUUAUUCGACAGAUGGGACACGUCAAGGUAUUAUGUUUGGGUCUGGCUGGAAAUGUACUUCGCUUCCUUUACAUAUCCUGGUUGAAAAAUCCGUGGUGGGUGUUGCCCUUCGAGUUUAUCCAGGGUAUCACACACGCGGCUGUGUGGGCUGCAUGCUGCAGUUAUAUCGCUCACAACACACCGGCGCAAUUACGUUCAAGCGCACAGGGUGUUCUUCAAGGGCUUCAUCAUGGACUUGGAAGAGGUUGCGGAGCGGUGAUUGGUGGCAUGUUCGUUGCGGCUUAUGGUACCACGACAGUUUUCCGAGCGUACGGUCUUAUUUGCAUCAUCAUCCUAGCAGCCUUUAUCUUCAUCAAUUUCUAUAGAAAAGAUACCGGCUUCGUGUCCGAGUUACCACAAACGGAAGAUCCGCAUCAAGUAGCCGAAGCUACUCAUUUGGCACCGCACGGUGUGCCGAGUAAUGCUAUACCGAGGGCUCUAAGCUCUACUCGCUUGCACGAGUUAGCUAAUCAAGAUGCUGGCUAUGGUGCCACUUAUCAAACCGCCGGCGGAAAUCUGGCCGUACCCGGUGCUAAUGGAGGUCCUGGCAACCCAACAAAUCCAUUUAUAAGCGGUGGAGGUGGCGGCGAAGGUGGAUAUAAUUACGGUAUGACUGGCAAAGGAGAGGACGAGUAUAUUCGUAGGAGCUUCCAGAUCUACAAUGAAGUGGUGGGUAGGGAAUUCGAUGUCGUGAAACCGACUAUCCAACUACAUGCCCAACAACCAUGCACCAAUCCCUUUCAUCAACACGACUACGACUGUCUUCCGAGAAAAGAUCUAUUGAAGAAAUUGCAAUUUUUAAUCAAUCAUCUGGACUUACGUACAAUUAAGAAGUGCUUCAAUCGAGGAUUAUUUUCCGAUCUGGAUAUUCUUCGCAUUACGUACAACGAAAUUGUUCAACGUGGCUUGCAAAACACCUUUUACGUUGAGCCUAUAAUCAAAGUAUACAAAUUAUGCGAAUGCAAUACACCUAUGGUUCCUGCCAAUGGUAAUACAUUAGAAAAUUCGCCGAGCGGACACACAGCAUUGAUGGGACAAGGAAAUACACCGAGAUCUAUCUUGAAAAGAACUUCGGACUUAGAUCUAGAAGAUAUUACUAGUGCAAGAAAACGUCAUAAAAAUCCACAACCGAAAAACGCAGUAUGUGCAUUAAACGAACUAAAAACUGGAGCCACGUACAAAGUAGUGGGACAAACUGGGCCAACACAUGCUCCAAUAUUCACAAUUGCGGUACAAAUCGAUGGACAGACAUACGAAGGGAAAGGGCGUACCAAGAAGAUGGCAAAACAUGCAGCCGCUGAGCUUGCUUUACGGAAUAUUAUCCAGUUUAGAAACACACCUGAGGUUCAUCAAGCUAUCAAUACUUGCCAGCCCGUUGUGCCUCUCGAGCCGGAUUUUACGAGUGAUGUAACAGAACGUGAUAAUCAUCUUGUCCAUACAUUUAAAACAUUAACGCAGGAGCCAAAGAAUACUAAGUUUUUAGAUAAAGGUCCAGUGGCAUUGAUCAACGAAUUAUAUCCAGGCGUUAUAUAUAACUGCAUAUCCGAUAACGGAGAGAGUUACGCAAAGUUCACAAUAUCAGUGACUAUCGAUGGCGAGACAUUCGAAGGAACUGGUCCAAGCAAGAAACUGGCAAAAGCAGCGGCGAGUAAGGCCGCUUUAGCAAAAUUGCGAAAUGUCCACAGUUCUUCGUUUUGUAUACCACUUCCUGUUCGCAUCUUGCCUAAUUCCUUUUCUAAUUCUGCGCACUGGCAAGAACAAAUGACUUUGCCGCAAAUGCUAGCCGACAAAAUUGGCAAGAUGGUGAACCAAAAAUUUAGUGAACUUAUUCAAAGCAAACCGCAACACGCACGACGUAAAGUUUUAGCUGGUAUUGUACAAACGAAGGGAGCGGACGCGGAACUAAUAUGCGUUACCACCGGUACGAAAUGCGUUUCGGGCGAGCACUUGAGCGUCAGUGGUGGUGCUGUAAACGACUGUCACGCGGAAGUGGUAGCACGGAGGUGUCUCUGUGAAUAUUUGUACAAACAACUAGAGCUGCAUACUGAGGAUAUGAGUAUUGAAUCGAUACUCGAACCGGCUAAAAAAGGAUUCAAGUUAAAGCAAGGAAUUCAAUUUCACUUAUACAUAAAUACCGCCCCCUGUGGAGAUGCGAGAAUUUUCUCGCCUCAUGAAGAAAACGAGUCCAUCGACAAGCAUCCCAAUAGACGAGCUAGAGGUCAAUUACGUACAAAGAUUGAAUCUGGCGAAGGGACUAUUCCCGUAAAGAGCAACGAGGGUAUUCAAACUUGGGAUGGCGUAUUAAUGGGUCAAAGACUGCUGACGAUGUCGUGUUCGGACAAAAUAGCUCGAUGGAACGUACUUGGUGUGCAGGGCGCACUUCUAAGCCACUUCAUCGAGCCAAUUUACUUCCACAGCAUUGUUCUCGGCAGUCUUUUGAACCCGAGUCACAUGUAUAGAGCAGUGUGUGGCCGUAUCGAAAAUACUAUUCAAGGUUUACCACCACCGUAUAGACUUAACAAACCGUUGAUGAGUCUCAUCACAUCUUCCGAAGUUAGGCAGCCAGGGAAAGCGCCCAAUUACAGCGUCAAUUGGACGAUUGGACAGAGCGAAGCUGAAGUUAUAAAUUGUACAACUGGUAAAGAUGAAUUGGGGAAACCUUCUAGAAUAUCUAAACAAGCGUUCUUCAGAAGAUUCUUUAAUCUCUUAGGCAAAUUGCAAACCAUAGAUGAUGUCGAUGAAAAUCGUUGUCGCCAUUAUCUUGACGCAAAAUCUUCAGUACAAGAUUAUUCGCUUGCCAAGCGCCAAUUAAAGGAUGCCUUUGUGAGAGCACAGCUUGGAAGUUGGGUGAAAAAACCGAUUGAGCAAGAUAUGUUCGAAGUCGAUAUCUGACUAAAUCGAAGUAGCAUCGCAAGUAUUAAAAGUAUUACGAAAAAUAAUGGAGAGGCUCAAGUCACGGAAUAUGUAGUUCCUAGUGCAAAAUAGAUCGCUCGUUCGGCGUGUCAUGAUAUGGCAGAAUUUGGUAUCAGUAAAGCAUAAAUCGUAGGAUCUCGCGGAUGUUUGAUCUUGCGCCCUAUGAUCUCAGUAUAUUUGUCGUGUUCAUAGUGUAUUAUGUAUUAUCUUUAAUUAAUAACAACUUUGUUUUGUGUAGUCGAGUGCAGCAAAGUGCAAAGUGUUGUCGCUUAUAUUAUUUUGACGUAUCAAUAGCGAUAGUUAUUGACAAAAGGUCGAUUCAGCACAUAUCCUUAUGGAAUAUUAGUAUUAGUACGGUUCGUCAUAUAUUGCUUCUUCAUAAACCUUCCUAAUUUUGAUGCACUAUCUGAAAAAGGAGAAAAAAAAAUUUAGUAUCUGUACAAAUAAUUCUUUUACGCGAAAUAAUUUUGUCAUUUUGUAAACACUUUAUUUAUCUGUUUUCCACAAUGUAGAUGGCCAAUCUUUAAAACUAUUUCGAGUAGUAUUGAAUUAAAAUAGUUGUAAGAGGCAACAUUAGUGUCUUACAUAUGAAUGCAUCGUACUUUCAACCUCAGAUAACAUUUUACGUAUUGCUAUAGAGAUACGCAAAUUUUAUGACAAGCAAUCACACAAUUUUUUUCAACACGAUUGUAAUUUAUCAUUCAAUAUAAAUGCAUCUAAUACGCACUUGUAUGCGCACAUGACACGAACAUCAUGUAUCAUACACAAUGAACAUAUCUUUGCGUAAGUGCAUCAAAAGCUAAUGAGGCUCAAUCGAGAUUUUGCGUAUUUCUAUCUCAAAGUUUCUGAAAUUCGGAACUUUGUUAUCUAUAAGUUAACGAAAUGCUAUCUGAGAUCUUUUUGUAGGGCAUUAGAUAUCGUAGCAACGAAUUAAGUUGCGACACAUUGCAUCCUCAACGGCUGUGAUUGGAUUCAGAUCUGAAAAAUGGGUCUUAAUCGUAAAAGAUACCAAAUACAUUCCAACAUUCAGCGGAAAACAGAACGGGGACGGAAUAAUAGCAAACUAUAACAAUUGCAUAAUAUAAUAACUCUCUCUGUUACAACAGCGAUAUAUAGCGUCCCCGUUGAUCAUUAUUCUCGCUAGAAUUAAAAUUGCAUUCGGAAAUGCAUCUACUAAUUGUUAGCUUUCAAUCUGUUUCUUACAGCAAAGAAUAUUGUUUGCGUAGAGACCUCUUUAACAGCGAAUUAAGAACGAAUCGCGCACGCUGUAGUAUUAGAAUCGUAACGGAUAUCCGUGUAUUUCGUUACAACACGUUUCUGCAGAAUUCUAAUUUUCGACAUUAACCCUGAUAAAAUUUUUGCAAAGUAUUCAGAAGAAAAAGUAUAGUCAACGCAUUUUGACAAAAAAUGAGCAUCUAAACAGAAAAUAAUGAUUAAUGAUAAUGAUAAGAAAGAAGUACAUGUUUUCAAAUAAAACAUGCAAUGCUUUUGCAUUUGCUUUUUUCAAAUGGAAAAUACGUGUGUCAGGUAUUGAGUUUUUAUUUUGCGCGGAAAAUAUGAAAAACCAAAUUAGGUAUCAAUAUAAUCAUUUUAGAUGUACUUUUUCAUGAAUAUCUUGACAGAAUUUUAUCUGAUAUCGUGAAUUAAGAUUAUAUCAAAUAUCUGCAACUGUCCACGGUCAUUUCAAUGUCUUACUUUCAGUAUAUAUAUAUAUAUAAAUAAUGUAGGAAUUAAACGGAUGGAAGUGGAUGGUAUAUAAGGAAUAUGAUAAUAAUUAAUGCAGCACGUAUGAUUACAUAGUUUUCCAGAUAACUACGUUUAAUAACUUAUUAAUAGUAUAUUUAGAGAAUCCUAAGGUCAUUGCCUCACUGUGCCAGUAUUAUGAUUGAUGCAAUUCUGCCGUAGUGACACACUGCCCGGUGCAGGUCCAGUUUUGUAUAGAGAACUUAUUUAAUUUUAUUUUGAAAACAAAUGCUUUUUCUUUUCUACUUGUUUUGUUGUAGUGAACAGUUAAGUAUUAUUUUUUUGAAUAGGUAUAUUUAAAAAAAAAGUCUUGUGAGAGUUAAAGAGAGAAAAUAAGCAUACGUAACACACGCAAUCGAUUUUAUAUUAAAUUAUCGCAUGUUCUUUAUGUUAUUUUAAUCAUUGCCGAGAUUAAGCACGUAUUGGGUUUUUAAUUAUUGUUGAGAUCAGUCACAUAUUUAUAUGCAAAAUUCCUAUGUAAAUUACCGAAUUAUAUAAAGUACUAAUAAUUGAAUGAAGUUUUUCUCAUUUUUUUUUUAAACAAACAUUUAAUCAAAUUGUUUUUUUAUUGCGCGCAUUUUUUAUAUGCAUAUACAUUGAUUGCGUGUGAUAAUGAAAAUUUUGGUUUGCGUAUGUUCGAAUUAAAACGUGAUCGUCGUAUAUUAAAAUGUGAUGAAUCGUAUAUUUGUGCCAAAUUGUUCUAUAUGCACUUUUGCUUUUAUGUCAUUAUUUAUUAUUCAUUAUUUUUUAUUUGUAUUUUGUGUUAAGAACAUUAUACGAUACAGUCGGCUUUUCGAAAUAUAGCGGCUGCGAAAUGGAAUACAUUUGUCUGCGCAAUUAUGUGAACAUGUGCGUUGGUAAGUGAAGGCUUUAUCAUAUUAACCAUGAAAAGGAUGUCCUAACUACUUAUGUUAUUAUACUACAUUGUCCUUCGCGAUAUAGUAUUGUAACAUAAUUGCGACGCACUUCUUUAAUGGAUAAUACGCCUUUCAUUAUCAAGUGUUUAUGUGAUAUUUGUAAUUAAAAUAUUUGCGUUCCCUAUUAAUCGAUAAGUAGAAAUAUGUUCGAGAAUUUAUAUUAGUUUCAAUUUCAUUUAUUUUCUAUUCGACGCAUGAAAAUUAUCGUUCGUUAAAAAAUUGUAUACACUGUGAGAAUUAUAUUUAUUUUCCUUAUUAUUUAGUUGAAAAUUCACGAGAUAUUGAACAAUUUUUAUUUUAUUCUCUAUUCCUUGCACCUUAUAUUUUAUGAAAAAUGUGAAAAGACAUUUAUAACAUUCCGAUUUUAUUAUAACAGUUGUUGACCUCAUUACCUCAUUUAUUGUAUUUUUUAAGUAUUACUUAUUUCUCCACCACUAAAUCGAUCAUAAACCCCUUUAAUGAUAGAUCUCAUAAUUUUUUCGAUCUUAUAAUAGUGCGAAAAGAAUUAUGAAGUAAUAAUAAAUGGAUUUGGACAUAAAAAGUA